GUCAAUCAUUCGUCACAGUGAUGGCGGAUCGUUUUUGGCAGUGCUAAAUGGAUACCUUUAAUUUUUAUAAACUGUUUUUAAACUAUUUUUGUAUUAAUUAUAAUUAUUAUCUACUUAUAAUUUAUGUAUUUUCAUGAACUGAACUAACUAAGAUGGCAUUACCUUGAAGAUUUAGGACACGUCAAGUGCCAUAGCAACAGUCCACAAACUCGCCCAUUUCCUUUGUGAUCUAGUUAGCUUCAGUUGUGAACUUUUAUAUAUUAACUUGAUUAGAAGUGUAUUGUUAUUUUAAAAUAAAAAUGUUUAAUUUGACUCAAAUAUACAAAUGAUGUUUAAAGUAUACAUUGAAGAGAAUGUUAGAUGUGUAACCUCAAAAAACGCGGAAGUCUGUUAUCGAAGCCGCUCUGAAUUUGUGGAACCUUGAUCAUUAAUAUCGUUAAAUUUCUUUGAUAUUUAUUGAUUAUAAUUUCGUUUCGAAGCCAAUUAAACGUUUUAAUAGCGUAAGAAUAAAAAAAAUAAUGAAACAAUGGUCGAAAUAGGUGCUCCUCAUGAUUCGGCCGACGACAGUCUGGAGAACGCCGAAUGGUACUGGGGCGAUAUUACUCGAGAUGAAGCUGCGGAAAAACUUCGGGAUUCUUGUGAUGGUACAUUUUUAGUUCGUAAUGCAUCAAAUAAAGAUGGCGGAUACACAUUGACUGUUCGUAAAGGAGGCACAAACAAACUGAUUAAAAUAUAUAAUCAAGAUGGCCGAUAUGGAUUUUGUGAACCUUUUGAGUUCAAAUCUGUUGUGGAUCUUGUCAAAUUUUAUACAGAAUACUCAUUGGGACACUGUAACAACAGUCUGGACAUCAAACUUAUGUAUCCACUAUCCAGACUACCAGAAUAUGAUGGUGGUGAAAAUGUGAGUGAUGAGAAUCUAGAAGCUGAAUAUAAAAGAGUACAUGAAGAAUAUAUGGCUAAAACUAAAGACUUUCAUGAUCGUUCUUGUAAGUACAUGAAGCUAAGAGAAGAAGUUAAAUGUAAAAGACAAGCUCUCGAUUCUUUUAAAGAAAGUCUCAGGAUUUGUGACGAUCACCUUAAGUUACAAGAGAAAAUGAUGGCAGAUGUCCAACCACAUGAAAGGAAUGAUUUAAUAGAGAAUAACAAGCUGUUACUAUUACGAGUGUCUGAAUUAACAAGAGCAAAAUUAAAACUUAACGACAUAUUAAAAGAGGCAGUGCAUUCUAAUUUGGAUCUUGAACGACAAAUUUAUAAGCUUAAAUCAAAAAUUAUAAUCCUUUAUCGAAUGAAAGAACGUUGUAAAAUGUCAUUAUUAAAACGUGGCAAAACUGUUGAAUAUUUACAAGCUCUUGAAAAUGAUAACACAGAAGAAUUGGAAGAAUUAUAUGCUCACCGUGAACCAAUUACAUGGAAAGUAGAAAACUGUUCAAGAGAAAAAGCGGAGAAACUUCUUCAAGGAAAACCUCAAGGCACAUUCUUAAUUCGUCCAAAUUCUACAGGCCAACUAGCUCUUUCGAUAUGCUGCAAUAAUAUGGUGUAUCACUGCAUUAUAUUUAGGACUGAAAGAGGUUUUGGAUUUGCGGAACCUUAUAAUGUAUAUAAAACGUUAAAUGAGCUUGUACUACAUUACGCUGUAAAUUCACUGGAAGAACACAAUGAACAGUUGAAAACAACUUUGAAGUAUCCUGUGUAUGCUGAUUUGGUAAAAAAACCAGAUAAAGAGAAGGCCCAAGGUACAACAGUAAGAGCACAAGGUACAAAUAUGGAUACUUGACAUUAUGUGAAAAGAGAUAGUGUUGCUCCCAAUUAUACCGCGUACUUCUCUUCUCUUCUAUUCUGUGAAUAGAAUGAUUGGCGGAAGUCGAUUAUGUCGCGUCUUUGGAUUGUCAGAUUUUGUCUGCGUAUUUAUGAAAAAACCAAAGGUGUAUGGAUUUUUAAAUUUAAAAAGAAAUCCCAGUGUCCUAUAAAUAUUCAUAUCUAGAAUUUUUAUUGGUUUAAAACAAAAAGUUUAUAAUAUUUACUUUAUUUACCAUUAUGUAUAAUAAUAUAUUUCCUGUGAGAUUAUACUUCUAUUCUAUAUUUAAUAUAUUAAACAAAAACUAUAUUUUGCAAUAUAAAAUGAAAUGUAAAGAUUUAUUAAAACUACAGCAUAUUUUGAUCUGAAUGGUUUAAUUGGAUGGGGGUGCAAAUUGUACACAUUUUGAUCUAACAGAGUUUGUGUGCAGAGUAUGCAUGUUACAUCAAUGUGAUUUACAUAAUUGUAAGGUGUGUUUUGAUAAUAUGCUGGAGUGCUGUAUAAAAUAUGACAGGGCAUCUGGAUGGUAUGUCACAAUGCCCUAUGUCGUAUAUCUGUAUUUUUAUUUAUCAAUAGAGAGCCAAUAUAACAUAUUUUGUGUGUACCUCUGUGCACACAGUAUACGGUGACUGCUGGGUAAGGUUGAUCUAAGUAGAUGAUAGUUAUUGUUCAUAAUGGUUUAUGUGGGGCAUUCAAUUGUAAUAACUAUCAAACAGACUGAUUAGCUUUCCCCAAGCAGAGCUGCGGGCACUAAUUUUGAAUUGUAAUUAUGGCAUAAAUAUUAUCUUUUUAGUUCUUCAUAUUUGUGAUAAUAAUGUGAUAAUUUCGUUUUUGUUAAUCAGAUUUUGGAAAAAGGCCUUUAUAUCGAAAACAUUUUUUUACAUAUAUGUAUGUACCUAUAGGAUUUAUUAGAAUUUCUAUUAAUUGAUUCAGAAAUAUAUUCUAAAUUAUGAUUACUAUCUUAUUACAAUCUAAAUUGAUCUUCCUUAAGGAUAAAAGGACAGAAAGUGGUUAAAAUGCACAGAUUAUAAAAACUACAUAGUAAAGUGUAUUUGAUUAUUAUAUACAAUAUUCUGAUUUAUAAUAUUAAUAUUAUGAACUUGUCAACAAGUACUUAAUAUAAUAAUUAUACAUAUUAAUGUUUAAUAUGUAAUGUCACAAUUAUUUAAAAUUCAACUUUCAAUCGAUUAUAAACAAAGAUGUUGACUAUUUGUCUGCAAUUGUUUGCUGGUUAUUCGAUUAGAAUUUCUUUGUUUAAUAUCACCAUUAGUAUGUGUGUAACUGCCAACACUCAAAGAUUGACUACUAUUCUUAUAUUGGUAGUCAUAUACACACUAAUAGUAGCAGAAUUAAACAAAAUAAUUUUAUUCGAAUAACUAGUGAUAUUGGCUUCCGCAAGAUAACACCCAUUACAGUAAAAUAUUAGCAUUAGUUUAAAGAUAUUUUAAUGUGUAUCCCUAAAUUUGGGAAUUCUAAAUUAUUACUAAGUUGAAAAAAUACUUUCUGUGUUUUUGACAACUCGUUUCAAUGGGAUUUGAACGCUUUGCGGUGUGGGUAUGUUACCAUUUACAACAUGGAAGGAAUGUUAACAAUAUUUUGUUGAGCUACUGUCUCUAUACCCGAUUGAUUGAAUAUACGGCAAUGCGGCCGAUAAUGAAUUAUGCGCAGUCUGGGCGCCGAACAGUCAACACUAGGCUAUGAGCAACAAUGUAUUAAUUGCCUGAUGAUUCCCCGUUUAAAGGUGAAAGACGUGUCGCAACAUGAGCGUAAAGUAAAUAAUAGUCGGAGAUUUAUGACUACUAGGGAAAGUUGCAGAACUUCUACUAAUAUUAAUACUCGUAGUAACCUAACGUCGUAUAUUGUUACGGUCGCUUUGUACACUGUCUAGGUCUAUUGAAGUUCAAUAAAUAGUAGCCAGCCCUCAAAUGUUGGCAGUCACAUGCAUACAGUAACGAAAUUAACAAAAUAAUUUUAAUCAACUAGCUAGUUAUAUCAAUCUGUGAAAUUAUGCAAUCAUCAAAGUUCGUUUUUAGUUAUUCACUAUUAGUCUUUUAUUAAUUGUGUACCGUUUAAAGUUGGUUCUUUUUUUGAUAGAACAAAAUCUUGUAAUCAUUUAUCUGUUUAGUUGUUUAUCAUUUCGUAAAAUUGUCCCCAUUAUUAUAUAUUUUUUAUUAUAAUUCAAUUCAAGUACGUAUUAUAAUCCACUUUUUGUCUUUUUUGUCUAUAUAUUAUAGCAUUAGCUUUGUGGUAGAAGGAUUAGGGGCCUUUGUGGAUCAAAUGAUUCGAAAAUGAUAAGUGAUGAUUAUACAAUGGUCAAAAUGGAGACUGUCGAGAGUGUUAUUUUGAAUGGAUUCCCAUUCAAAGUAGUCAAUCUUCCUCUAUUUAUAACCUUGUAUUGAGUCUGUAAUCUACCACAUACUUAAUAAUAAUCAUGUUAUAAAUUACAUAAUAUGUAGAUUUAAUGUGCUUAAUAUAAAGUAGUUCUGUAGUUAAGGAUCACAAGUUGUAUGUAUAGUGAUAUAUUUAUUUUGUUCAUUCCAAGCUUACCAUGUUGAUCAGGUUCCAUAGACAAAUAUGGGGUCCGAAUUAUAAAAAUACAGACUCAAUACUGGGUAAUUAGUGGUCACGAAUAUAUUAUAUGUGAUAGUAAUUAAUAAUUGUGUAUGUUGCAUACACUUGAUAACUGUACCCAGAUGUAUUAUGUAGUUUACGAUAUAAUGUAUCCAGAACAUUUUCUGGUUUUGUGUGUGAUAGAGAGAGAGAGAGCGAGAGAAAGAAAGAGCCUAUUAUUCGCAUGAUAGGCCUAAUAUAAGGUGUUGCGGAGAGGAAGGAUUUUUGACCAUGAAAGAUCAAGUUUCGCAAAGCAAUUAUGUGAAUGCUUUUAUAAUUUACCGUAAUAUGGCACGGCAGAUUUUUAGCAUAACUUAUCUAAUUGAAUGGAGACAUUUUUAGUUUUCCGUCCAAGAUAUCGUCAUGCCGUGUACGUCUAUGUAAUUGUGCACAGAAAUUAAAAACGUCUUCAUAAAUUGCUUCGCCGUGACAUCGUAACGAUAACUUCGUGUUGUGCCGUUUCACGGCAAAAUAAAAGUGUCGUUCAUAUGUGUUCUAUUUUGAUGAGCAAAACAUUUGUCUAAAAUCGCCCCUCAUCUACACAGGUCCAUAUUACACAAUGAAGUUAUUUUGCUUCCUCGUCAUCUCCGAGUCAGUUAAAUGAAUUUGUCAUAUUUUUUAUCGUUGUUGCUUCAGAUAAAUUGUUCUACUUUUGGAAAGACUAAAGAUGCCAGGCUUUUUGAAUUCUGAAGACGACAGAAUUUGCAUACAUUUUAUACAUAUAUAUAUUGUCGAUUAUGAUAAUUCACUGUUCUGAGACGCCAUAUCUCUAAAUAUAUCGCUAAAAUUUAAAUUUGAUACUACAGCGAAAUUUUUGUUCAAAGAAUCAAUAUAAACUAAUAUUCUAAUAGAUAUAAAUCAACAUAAUUAUAAUUUUAGUUUUAUAAAACAAUAAUUCCGCGAAAUUAUCAAAUUAAAUUAUUGGAUUUAGUUUACGCCUCAGAAUCGGCCCCAUUGUCUUGCAUAUGUCUAAGAUUGCGUGGAUAUCAAAAAUGUUUUCAUUAAUCUAAUACAACAACAAAAAUUGUUUAGUUUAUUUCAAUUCCCAAUUGGUAUAAUGUCUACCAAAAUUUUGUUUGAAACAUUGGUGCAAAAAUUACGUGUUUUACUAAAAUGGCCGUCUUUGUAAGUACUAUUUAGAGUUCCGUAGUCAAUAAUCAAAACCCACUUUCACUCAUAUAAUUUUGAGUAAAUAACUUUUACGAAACAAUUUAAAUUAACAGAUUCCACAAAGAUGAAAUUUUCAGACAAAAAAUCUCCAAUUAUCGUAAUUAAAAUGACAUUCAAUAGGGUAAAUGCGUCACAUGAUAAAUUCAAUGAUAACAGAAGUUUUUAACAGACUUUUGAGUUUAGCAUCUAUGAAUUAAUAAUUUUUGACUGAUUUUGAUGGUAAAUUUUUUAGUCAAAUUAUUUAUUCCCGCCCACCUUGGUCGCAUAAUUUUAAAAAGAUUUGAUCUUAGAUAUUUCUGUAUUUUUUCUAAUUAUUUAAUGAAUUUCCAGACAGCAAAAUAGAAUUUCGGAAUCAGCAUUGAGUAUCUUUUAUAGUAAUUUAGAGCUUAACGUUUAAAAAAUUUUAUUAUAUUACGAUUAAAUAAAAAUCUUAUAAAAUGGCUACGGAACCUUAAUUACAGUUUUUUAUUUUGGUUUUGGUAAAACAUACAACAAAACUAUUAUAGACUUACGUCUGAAAGCGUCAUUAUUAUGGUACGUUUAAGUACUGAUAUUUUUUAUAAUUAUAACUUAUGGUUCGUCAAUUAAUUGUAUUUGUGUAUUUAACUGUUUGGAAUUAUUGAAUUGCCUUUAACGAGGGAGGAGCAUGGUACGAGUAAGUUUGUAAAUGUAGAAUAGGUAGGACUAACAAAUUUAAUUCAUAAAAUAUACCAACAUAACCUUAAGUACCUUAUUUUCAAAAUCAUUCUACAACUAUGCAUGCAUUCGUACAUUUUAUCCCAACACUGAAAGUAUUAUUUCCUUACAAUGAUGCAAUCAUUUAUUGCCAACAACAAUAUUAAACUAGUGCUGUAAGUAUUGUAAGUAAAUAAUCACUUGACGUCUGACUGAAAAUAUAAACAUUUUCAUGGUCUAUGUUUCUGUAGGUCUGAUUUCCAGUAAUUACUAUUGCUCUAGACUUGACAAAUGAAACAUUUGUAAAUUUUCUAUUUUUUAAGAAAAGAAAAUAAUUAUUUUUUUAAAAAGUUGUAAUUCGAGUAUUGGGCCUGAAUUUGUAUAAUAAUAUUGAAAACAUAAAAUUGAAAUAACGUCUUGUCGUGCAAAGAAAUAUCGCUAAAAAUAGAACACUUUAUGAUUCUCAAACCUUAGAAAGGUCGUCCAUCGCGAUUUUUUUGCAGCGAUUCAAUACAGACAAAAAGGACCGCGAUACAGUUGCGAUGCUGUCGCUGGUUGUAUGCUUUCACCCACGUAAUUACGAUUUUGCAUCGCGACCAUCGCGAUACGGUAUCGAUAUAGACGCAGUGCAGCACGGGUCCUCUAGACAAGUGGCAAGCGAAUUCGUCGAUGGAAUCGAUAUCGCUAGUGAGUCCGUGAGAUAGAACUGAUGUCUCAUUUCAACUCACGGACUCGCUAGCGAUGUCGAUUCCAUCGACGAAUUUGCUUGACAUUUGUCUAGAGGAUCUAAUACAGUAACGAUGCCGCUCGCAAUCGAUAAAUCGCAGAAGAUCGAUGGAUUGUAUCGCUACUGAAUGGCAGCAAAUGUCGCUGUAGGCGAUCUCCUUUGAGGUUCUUUCACAUGAUACUGCACGCAGGGCGCGCUUCUUCAAUUAAUUGCAUUAAGAUAUCUAUGGGUAUUUGUAUAUAACGCUAUGUAUAAAACAUAUGCGGUCCUGCUAACGUUGUGUGAAAAAACCUUGGCAUACAGCUAAAUCCACUCAAAUCGUCCAAACUUUAAACUGAAGAGAAGGCUUAUAGUCCUUCAUAUCAGUCUGAAUUAAGUAUUGUAAGUACAAUUAUACGACGGUUGCGGAAUGUAUUAUAUUAAGUUCAGAUUUGAAGAAUCACAAAGUGCCUGAUUUUUUAUAAUAAUUUUGAACAUAAAUAAGAUUUUUAAGCAACUUAAUAAUUUGGCAAAAUUUUAAGAAUUUCAUCUCUAUGAAAAUAUUUAUAUAAUUAUUAUUUAAAUUUUGAGCUGUAUUACAACCUUUAUUUUUACAGAAUGUUAUGUAUUUAUUUUCUAAAUUAAAUAUCUGAUUUACAAGGUCUUACAGUAAGGUCUACAGCUGAUAUGAUCCGUUUCUGUCGUCAUCCAUCAUUAUUACUUCAUAUAAUAUAAAGAGUAUCUAUCUAUCUAUCUAUCUAUAAUAUACAACGAAUCUAAUAUCCACUUUCCUUGAGGUAUGUUUAGAAUCACUGAGCAAGUAAUCACUAAGAGAUAUCACGCCAUGAUCUGGGAAUUGAAAUAUUCGCUUGCAGCGUCUAGUCUUGUGGAGUGAGAGAGGAGAGGGUGCGUGUGUGUACGCUGUAGAAAUUUAAUAUAUUUAUACUUGACUAAUAACAAAUACGCGUCCAAACAUUCAACGGUCGUGCGAAUUCGCUCGUUGCGAAUUUCAUUAUAAUUUGCAGUGUUGUUGUGUGGUUCUUUACGGUUUAACACAUAUAUUCGUGUCGGUCAAUGCUGACUCUUAUGGCGCAGUGCAAAAUAUUAAUGAGUGCGCAGAUAAGGCGCUUGAUACAGUAUGCAAUAGACGGCUGUGGAACAUUUCACUAGAUUGUACGUAAAUCGCCGAAUUUUUGUAUACCAGAUGCAUCAACUAAGUGGCUCCCGCCCGCGGUUUGCCGCGAAUCUGCCAUGAGGGCAUAAGAUACAAACGAAUUUAUCGAUAGAAUUGCGUCGGUCAGCGUCCACAUGGGAAAAAACAAGACGGCGCACGUCGCUAUCAAAUUCUAUUUCAUUAUGGACUCAUUAGCGAUAAGAAUAUAUAUUUCUAUAUAUAGUUCUAUCAAUACAUUCGUUUGUACUUUGUCUAGAAGGUAUGGAUCUAUUCUUUGGCAAAGCACGGCACCGAAAUCACCCUGUGUUAAACACCUUAUCACUGAAGAAUACCGCACAUUGAGAACUCACAAUAUUUAUUGCCUUAUAAAAUUUUUGGUUUAUGAACUUUUAUUUAUUGAGCAAUUUCUUUUUAUUUUAUUCAACUGGAAUGGAAAUGCUCAUAUUAUUAAAACAUAAUUAUUAUGUACUACUUAAUAUCACAAAUACAUGCCCAAAUGUUAAUAUAAAUAUUGUUCUUAAGAAUGAAAUAAAUAGUUCUUUAGAUAUGUACGUUAUUAUGUAUCAUAUAAAUAAGUAUAUUAUUUACGUUAUUAUUAGAUUUAAGGGUCAGUAAGUUGCUCGGCUGAGACUCAUUGGAUCUAUGAUAUGUUAUACAAGGAGGUCUGAUUGUGAACUGAAUUUUGAGAGUGAUAUAUAGCGUGAGCAAUUAUAAAGAUUAUUUUAUGUUGUUAUGAGUAUUUAAAAAAUUGUGGAUAGUAAUGGAGUCCCCAAGUAAAAUACUUUUGCCUCAUAAACAAGUCUACGAGCAUGUAAAUAUAAGAAGUGAGUUAAAUUAUGAGAUUGGAAUUAUUUUUGCAUUAAUUUUGAUGUACGAAUGCUAAUUAGAAUGCAGAAUUAUAAAUUAUUGUUUCGAGUUUUAGUUCAAUAUAAGUCGCUUAGUAAUAAAAUUAUAGGUGGUUAUCGCAAAUAUUGAUCUCAUGAGUUGUUUGUUUUCUAACCUGUAUGUUUUUAUGCAAUUUAUCGUGGUUGUAGAAGCUCGUACUUGCUAAUUUAAAAUCGACGAUAACUAAAUCUGAAUGCAUAAUUCAUAGGUAAGACAAACUGUCGCCAUUUUGUAACAAUUGUAAUAGUAGCAUUUUAAUAAGUGUUAAUAAAGAAAGAUACUGUGGAUGAGCAAUA